AUGUGCACAAUCCACAUAAUCAAAUGCCACAAAUGCGGCAACAUCGAAACAGCAUGGCGCCGAACCUGCAAAUACACGCCGGCGAACCGCCUCUGUAACCAGGGGCAAACUAAUCGAAUCACAACCUACCUCCUCCCUGGCCAUUGCGACCUCUGCCGGGCGAAGAUGGGUCCUCAUGAUGCUCUCGCCCCCGUCGAGACCACGUCAACGAUGGCGGCCCACAGAGCUAUCCAUCAGAAGAAUGAGUUUGAAACCUACAGUUGUUCACGCGGCAGGAGAUACGCAAACCGUCUACGCAUGAUAUCAAAAUGGCUGGCGUCAGGAUCGAAAAGGUCCUUCUCAUAUCUAGCUCGGACCUAG